AACUCUCAUCCUUGCGGUAUAAAUGCCACUUCUGGCCACAGUGAACAUCAUUGAAGUCUUCACCUAGAGAUAGAGACAGAGAGAAAGAGAAGCAUGCAAGUGAUGCAGGACCAGCAGGUGAUCGGUGAUGCAGUUCCGGGUCACGGCAACGGUGGUGGCGGUGGCAGUGGCAGCAACCGCAUAGUGGCCAUCGACUCGGAGGGGAGGAGCACCCCGCCGCCUCCGCCACCUCGUGCGACCGACGACAACAAAAGCGUGGAUCCUCAUCAGCAUCAUGACAAGGAGCACAACGACCAUCAUCAGCCCCACCAGAAAGCCGGAUGGAGAAAAUUCAUGUCAUUCGUGGGCCCUGGCUUCCUCGUCUCCCUGGCUUACCUCGACCCCGGAAACAUGGAAACAGAUCUUCAAGCUGGGGCCUCCUAUGGAUAUGAGCUUCUGUGGGUGGUACUAAUUGGGAUGGUGUUUGCUCUAAUCAUCCAGUCGCUGGCUGCAAAUCUGGGUGUGAGCACUGGGAAACACUUAGCAGAGCUAUGUAAGGCUGAGUAUCCCAUAGCGGUGAAGUAUUGCCUCUGGCUGCUCGCUGAAGUUGCUGUGAUUGCUGCGGACGUACCUGAAGUAAUUGGGACAGCCUUUGCAUUGAAUAUUCUGUUCCACAUACCACUGUUCGUUGGGGUACUGCUCACUGGCUGUAGUACACUCCUGCUUCUUGGCCUACAAAGAUAUGGGGUAAGGAAGCUGGAAAUGCUGAUAACAUUGCUGGUGUUCACAAUGGCAGCAUGUUUCUUUGGGGAAAUGAGUUAUGUGAAGCCUCCCGCAUCCGAUGUCCUGAAGGGCAUGUUUGUCCCUAAGCUUAGCGGUCAAGGAGCCACUGGCAGUACCGUUGCUCUCUUGGGCGCCCUCGUCAUGCCUCACAACCUAUUUCUCCACUCUGCAUUGGUGUUGUCCAGGAAAGUACCGAGAUCUGUCCGUGGCAUCAAUGAUGCCUGCAGAUAUUUCCUUAUAGAAACCGGUUUCGCGUUGGUAGUAGCCUUUCUGAUAAACGUUGCAAUGGUCUCGGUCUCGGCUGCCGUUUGCUCAGCCAACAAUCUCUCCAGUAGCAAUAGUGACACGUGCAAUAAUCUCACACUGAACAAUGCGUCGGAUCUCUUAAAGAAUGUGUUGGGAAGAUCAAGCUCGACCAUAUACGCCAUCGCACUGCUGGCGUCCGGCCAGAGUUCCACCAUCACAGGCACCUAUGCAGGGCAAUACAUAAUGCAGGGAUUUCUGAACCUAAAGAUGAAGAAGUGGAAAAGGAAUUUGUUGACAAGGUGCAUCGCCAUCACACCUAGUCUUAUUGUCUCAAUAAUAGGCGGAUCUUCUGGUGCAGGGCAACUCAUUAUCAUUGCAUCGAUGAUUCUUUCUUUUGAACUUCCGUUCGCUCUCAUCCCUCUCCUCAAGUUUAGUAGCAGCACCAGCAAGAUGGGACCACACAAGAACUCCGCCAUUAUAAUGGUCAUCUCAUGGAUUCUUGGCUUCGGAAUAAUCGCCAUCAACAUAUAUUACUUGAGCGACAGUUUUGUGGGUUGGCUGAUUCACAACAGCCUACCGAGAGUGGCGAACGUAUUUGUCGGGAUUAUUGUUUUUCCCUUAAUGGCGGUCUAUAUCUUCGCUAUAAUCUAUCUAACCUUCCGGAGGGAUGCCGUCAUAACUUUCACAGAGCCGAUCAAGCAUGACCCGACGAAAUCAUGCAACAUAGAGAGCGGGUUGAAGGAUGCUGAUGGGGAAGAGGAGGCAGAAGAAAUCCCAUACAGAAAAGAUUUGGCCGAUAUCCCCCUGCCUGAAUAGGAAGUUGUGAUUGAAGAGCAUCUUCAUCGACCAUGUGCUUAAGCGAAACGGACAUGGAUGUCAAAGAGCCUGAGUACCGGUGUGGUUGAGUGAGCCGUGUUAUGAAUUAUGAGGUAAUAAGUUGCUGUAUUCUGUGACAUGUACGCAUCCCGCAAGGCCAACUUCCUUAGUAGAGGCUCAACUGCUAAGCACCAAGCUUUGCUACUGUAAUCUAAGUGUGUCUUUAUGCUUUCCUUGUCGCUUAUUAAUGGUAAUGAAGUGAUUAGGCAGUAUUGAAACGUAA